AUGUUGUCUCACAUCAGAAGGACUUUGUCUCUUGUGAGAGGCUGCUCGGGUGUUUGCAGGAUUCAAACCAACACAAAUCCAGCUCGGAGCUCCUCCUCCUUCAGUGACCUCACUACAGCGUCUGACAGUGGCGGGCUGGUCCUUCGCUCUCAGUCUACAGACGUGUACCUGAACCUGGCCCUGGAGGACUGGAUCGACGCUAACCUGGACCUGCAGCAGCGUAGCGUCCUGCUGCUGUGGGGGAACCAGCCUGCCGUGGUCAUCGGACGCCACCAGAACCCGUGGACCGAGUGCAACCUGCCAGCAAUGAGGAAGGCGGGGAUCCCCCUGGCUCGCAGGCGGAGCGGCGGUGGGACGGUUUACCACGACCUCGGGAACCUCAACCUGACGUUCUUCACCUCCAAAAAGGCGUACGACCGUCAGAGGAACCUGAAGGUCGUCACAGACGCUCUGAGGAGGAUCAGACCGGAACUCGACGUCAAGGCCACCGAGAGAUUUGACAUCUUACUCAACGGACACCUGAAGAUCUCAGGAAGUGCGUCCAGACUGAGCAGGAAGUCGUCUUACCAUCACUGCACGCUGCUGCACUCUGCUGACCGCUCCACCCUCUCUGCCUUGCUCCGCCCAUCUUGUCCCGGUAUCCUUAGCAACGCCACGCCCAGCGUCCCCUCACCUGUCGCCAACCUGGUUGACCACGCCCCCACGCUGCAGUGGGAGGAGCUGCUGGACGCACUGGAGCACCAGUACAACACAGAGUUCGACUUCAGCGCUGCAUCAACGCUUGUUAACCCCGCUGACGAGGCUGCGUUUCCUGGUCUCAGCCGGAUGGAGGCGGAGCUUCGAUCCUGGGACUGGACUUUCAGUAAGACGCCUAAAUUCAGCAUCCAGACCGUCCUGGACCUGACGGAUGCUCGAUCUACUCGCAGCUCCGCCCAGCUGAACAUGGAGAUAAAGAGCGGCGUGAUUGAGAGCUGCGAGCUGGACGUUCCCACAGACUGGCUUCCUCAGCGUCUGAUUGGCGAGCUUUGCGGCGUGCUGGUCGGGGAGAGAUUUUGUGGUCAUCGAGCGGCUGCAGCAGUGACCGCUCUGCUGCGAUCUGAGAGCGGCGAGCUGCAGGACAGACUGACAAACCUGUGUGACGCCGUGGUGCGUGCGAUGGGCUGAUCAGAGAACUAACACCGCCCCCUGCAGGCUGCAACCAGAAGUGAAGAUAAAUAUGUAAACUUGAAGAGAAAACAUCGUGGGGUCAAUGAAAUAAAAAACUGUUUGUUACUUUUGAAUGUUAUUCAAAUAAAACCAAACUAUAAAUAACCAAAACUAA